AUGCAAGCGCUGUGCAAGGCCGGCCUUAGGUGCAUUUCUUGGGGUGUCCGGAAUGAAACGACGUCAUUUUCCUCCAGGCUGCCUUACUUGAAGACGAUGCCUACUGUGUCGUCGGCCGCGAUUGUCGCCUUAAAAAGCACAGGCGGACUAGGCUCUACGGUACUUUUGAGCAAUGCACAGGACUGCCCCAUUAGACCCGGCACGGUGCUUGCCGGCCGACCACGCAGGGGUCUGUGUGCCACUCAGGGGAAUCGGAGUUGCUGGAGAUGUGGGGCGGCUCUGAGCGCCACCCCCGUUUUCUUCUGCCCGGACUGCGAGGUGGUGCAGUCCCCAGAUGAUCGUGCGACCUACUUCGACAUUAUGGACUGUGACAAGUCAUUUGCAGUUGACAUCAAAAAGCUGCAGCGGAGAUACAUACACCUUCAGCGAUCUCUCCACCCUGACAACUUUAGCCAGAAAUCUCAGAAAGAACAAGAGUACUCAGAGACACAGACUGCGCUGGUAAAUAAAGCGUAUAGGACACUUCAGAAACCUUUAAGUCGUGGGCUUUAUAUGCUGGAGCUAGGGGGCGUGCGUCUGGAGGAAGAGACGGAUUCUGUGGUAGAUCAUCGCCAUCUCCUGGAAGUCAUGGAGCUGAAUGAGCGCCUGGCAAAGACACAGAACAAAGAGGAAGCCAAUGGCAUCGGCCUUUCAGUCAGAGGCAAGCUGGAAAAUCUGACCGAACAAGUUAAUGCAUCCUUCCGAAAAGGAGACCUUCAGUCUGCAAAAGUUCUUCUGGCCCAGAUGAAGUACUUUGUAAAUGUUGAGGAGAAGGUGAAGGAUAAACUUUCCGAAUCCUUGUGACCUCAACUUAUUUGUGUGUUUGGUUAUUCAUGUAUUUAUUUUAUGUAGUUAUUUAUGCCAAGCAUAUAUUUCUGCUGUAUUUUUAAAACUGUUUAAAUUGUGUUAAAGAACAAAAUGUGUAAAUAAAUGUUUUUGUAAGUAAUCUUAAUAUUUGUUGGCUGUAGUUGACCCACAAUCCGUGUCCGUUGAGGAACCAUGUCAUAGGCUAGGAAAAUUAGUUUUGGGGAUUUCAACUUUGAGGAGUUGAUUUUUUUAUUUUUUUUUUGAUAGCCAUUGAAUUGACGCGGCCGUAAACCAAGCAGCAGAGCUCUGCCAGCAUUUUUCUAGCUAUGCUAUCUUCAGGAAGUGUAUCAUAUUGUAUUAGCCUCUAAUGAAGAUUGGUUGCAUGGCUUUAUUAUUGAAUAGGAACAUUUGUUCUUAGACACAAUUUCACAGAUGUUUGACUUGCAGUCAAUGUUUACUACUACAAAUCAAAUAGCCUUCAGGUAAGUGUUGUUUUAUUUGCUGUUGGAUAUUUUCUUUUAAUGUAUAAAUCAAUCCGCAGCAGUUAAUUAUUUGGUAGGAAGUGUUGGAUAAGAGCUCAUAUUGUAGUUGUCUGCUGUAGUUUUGAAUGCUGCUUUGUAGGAUAUUAUUUGGGGACUAUGUUGAUAUAAGCUGCCUCUUGUCCCUCUUGAAAAACUAUCCUUUGACAUUUUUUUCCCUGCAGAUAUUUCAUUCCUCUUCGGGCCUUCGGCCAAAGGCCUCUCUUCUUAUUUUCAGCCUGCCUUAAGCUGUCAAGUUGCCAUUUCAGUUUCUCUAAAAGCUAAUUGUUUAACAUCCAUCACAUUCAAUUGUUCAUCCAUCACCGCAUCAUGAGGGGCCUGGACCUGUGAUGUGUUUGGUUUGUUCAGCAUAAGAACAGAUUUACAUAAAAUUUUUGUUUUUGUCGCUGAACAACUGAGGGCCUCAAAGACAGGGCAGCAUCUCUAGAGAAGUUUGGGUUAUGGCUUUUGUUCAAAGGCUAACUGUGACUUCACUCUGCUAGCAGUGUAACUUUAACCUUUCGGUAACACCCUGGAUGAGAUGUCAGUGUGUCACAGGACACACAUACUAAUGCAGUCACACGCAAUGCACUCUGGGAUACAAGUUAUCUAAAUCGCAGGAAGAAUUUUGUACAGGGAGAACAUUUAAACUCUUCACAUGCAGAGCCAGUGUGGGGAUCAAACCCCUAGCUUAGGAAAUGUAUCUGAACCACUGUGCUGGCCCCCUGAGGGGGGCUAUUCAGAUAAACAAAUAAGCAUGCUAAAUGA